AUGUGUUUCAAAGUUAUACUGACCUUCAAAACGGUGUCGGUGGCGGUAUCGGUGCUGACGCUGACGUUCAUCAGCAUCGACCGCUGGUACGCCAUCUGCUUCCCGCUGCGCUUCAACUCCACCACCAACCGCGCCAAGACAGCCAUCGGCAUCAUCUGGUUUGUGUCGCUCGCCUUCGACAUCCCGGAGCUGGUGGUGCUGAGGGCCCGCGGCCGCGACUGGGACUCUGUGCUGCUGACGCAGUGCGAGAGCACCUGGAGCUACGACUCCGAGAUGGUGUUCCACGGCGCCAAGAGCCUGCUGCUGUACACGCUGCCGCUGCUCUUCAUGUCGGUCGCCUACUAUCAGAUCGUGCGCGUCCUCUGGCGCUCCGACACCAUACCAGGGCAGGCUCAGGAGACGUCCAGUCGGCGAAGUGUCAGCGCCGACGGCCGGAGCACCAAUCCCUACGGUACCUGCAGCAGCCGGCGCAGCACGGUCAGCAGCAACGCGGCCACCGAGGUGCAGCUGCGGUCGCGCCGCAAGGCGGCCAAGAUGCUGGUCGCCGUCGUCGUCAUGUUCGCCCUCUGCUACCUGCCCGUCCACCUGCUCAACAUCCUCAGGUACACCAUGGACAUUCCGCAGAAUGAUGCGACGAGCAUCAUUUCGAUGCUGUCCCACUGGCUGUGCUAUGCCAAUUCAGCAGUCAACCCCAUAAUCUACAACUUCAUGAGCGGCAAGUUCCGGCUGGAGUUCAGGCGGCUGUUCUGGAAGUGCGCGUACGGCGGCGGCGGCCGCUACUCGCCGAGCUGGGGCGCGUGCGCCGCCGACCGGCCGCCUCUCCAGCACCCGCACCGCUUCACGUGGGCCACCUCCGCCUCCGCCGGCUCCGUGCAGUACGAGUAG